UUAUUUAUACCUAAAUAUAGGGUAUCAAGCACGAAAUUGCGUUAUAAUCAUCAAUAUUAUAUAAAUUUUUGUCCUACCUGGUUUUAUUUAAACAGUGAAGCAUUCUUGUUUGUGAGUGGCAGCUUCAUAUACUGCACAGUCAGAUUUGAAUACAAUAUUAAACAGAAGAAUUUUUUUAAUCAAGCAGGAUAGAGUAGUCCAAACUAAUAAAAAUAUAGGCUUAAAUGCUUUAAAUGGAUAUCCGAAAGGAAGAAGUACUUGAGGAGAAAAAAGAUGACUUGUCAUAUUUAAAAGAUGAAAGAAAACCUACUCUCAAAGAAACUCUUAAGGAAUUGGCUGAGUCAAGUUCUUUGCAUGGAAUACCAAAGAUUGUGUCAUCUCGACAGAUUGUUGUGAAAGUAUUGUGGUCUAUAUUGGUUCUAGCAGCAUUUGCUGUAGUCUCUUUUCAACUGUACCUCCUAUUUAAAACAUAUUAUUCGUAUCCAUCACAAACAUCUGUGUCGCUAGACUUUAGUCCUAUUGCUUUCCCUGCCAUUACUUUGUGUAACUUGAACCCGGUACGGAAAUCCCAGCUACACAGAUCAGAAGACUUGCGGGAUCUCCUGUCCGAGGAUCAGGUUUACGCAAGGAGAAAGCGGGGUACCGAAGGUACUAACUCAGAAAAUAAACAUCUGCUGGAUGCUGAAGGAAAAGCGAUGUUCAAAGUCCUGGCAAGGAACCUAAACGAUGAAACAAUCCAGAAAAACAAACAUGCGGAAGGAAAAGGCAAUAACAUUACUGAUGAUCGUCGUGAAAAUAAACCAAAAGUUACCUUUCAAAAGUCCACGUUUUCUGACUUAAACAGAGAUAAACGUUUAAAAUUAAACAACCAUAAACAACUCAAGAAUACACGAACAGUAAGACAUAAUGGCGAAGGUCUGCGAAAUAGAAGAGAAGCAGACACAACUACAAAGGAAACAGAAGCUGCUUCUUAUUCAGUUACUAAAGCAAACUCUGAUUCAGUGACACAAGAUGCGGUUACUAAAGCUAACUCUGAUUCAGUGACACAAGAUGCGGUUACUAAAGCAAACUCUGAUUCUGUGGCAAAAGAUGCGGUUACUAAAGCAAACUCUGAUUCAGUGACAAAAGAUGCGGUUACUAAAGCAAACUCUGAUUCAGUGACAAAAGAUGCGGUUACUAAAGCAAACUCUGAUUCUGUGACACAAGAUGCGGUUACUAAAGCUAACUCUGAUUCAGUGACAAAAGAUGCGGUUACUAAAGCAAAUUCUGAUUCAGUGACACAAGAUGCGGUUACUAAAGCAAACUCUGAUUCAGUGACACAAGAUGCGGUUACUAAAGCAAACUCUGAUUCUGUGACAAAGAUGCGGUUUACUAAAGCAAACUCUGAUUCAGUGACAAAAGAUGCGGUUACUAAAGCAAACUCUGAUUCAGUGACAAAAGAUGCGGUUACUAAAGCAAACUCUGAUUCUGUGACACAAGAUGCGGUUACUAAAGCUAACUCUGAUUCAGUGACAAAAGAUGCGGUUACUAAAGCAAAUUCUGAUUCAGUGACACAAGAUGCGGUUACUAAAGCAAACUCUGAUUCAGUGACACAAGAUGCGGUUACUAAAGCUAACUCUGAUUCAGUGACACAAGAUGCGGUUACUAAAGCAAACUCUGAUUCAGUGACAAAAGAUGCGGUUACUAAAGCAAACUCUGAUUCAGUGACAAAAGAUGCGGUUACUAAAGCUAAAACUCUGAUUCAUGACACAAGAUGCGUGACACAAGAUGCGGUUACUGAUGCAAACUCUGAUUCAGUGACACAAGAUGCGGUUACUAAAGCUAACUCUGAUUCAGUGACACAAGAUGCGGUUACUAAAGCAAACUCUGAUUCUGUGACAAAAGAUGCGGUUACUAAAGCAAACUCUGAUUCUGUGACAAAAGAUGCGGUUACUAAAGCAAACUCUGAUUCAGUGACAAAAGAUGCGGUUACUAAAGCAAUCUCUGAUUCAGUGACAAAAGAUGCGGUUACUAAAGCAAACUCUGAUUCAGUGACAAAAGAUGCGGUUACUAAAGCAAACUCUGAUUCAGUGACUAACAACACGGUUACUAAAGCAAACUCUGAUUCAGUGACAAAAGAUGGAAUAUCCGAUGAAUUAAGUAGUAGUACAAUCAAUUAUGAUUAUUUCUGGUUUGACUAUUCAGAUCUAAACGAGGAUUUCUACUGGGACGAUUGGUUGUCUGACAACUUUGAUGAGCGUUUGUACUUAAAGCAACUAGGGCAAACCAAAGACGAAUGGGAUGCACGUGUUGAAAAUUUUAAAAAGGCUAUAAAAAUCAAACCUUUGUGA